AUGGAGUCUUCAAUCAAGGAGAGCAUGGCCGACCUAAUGGAGGCUUUUGUGGUCCAAGCACUGAGCAGUCUACAGCAGCAAAUGGAGCUCCUGGCUCAUACUGUUGAUCAAUUGGAAGUAAGGGGUCGCAGGAAAAUGCUUUUAUUUCAUGGUGUACCAGAGACCUCAAAAGAAGAUACUGCACUGGUUGUCACAAGAGUUCUUAAUGAUCAGCUGAAAAUACGUGACUGCUCAACCAGUGAUAUACGAAGGUGCCAUCGGAUGGGUCGUAAAGCUACCCCAAACAGACCACGACCUAUUCUUGUAAAGUUUCAAAACCUGAUAUUACGUGAUAAAAUAUGGUACUCCAAGACUCAGCUUAAGGGAUCAGGUGUCACAGUCUCUGAAUUUCUUAUUAAAUCAAGACACGAUGCAUUCAUGGCUGCUCGAGAUAAGUUUGGAAUUUCGAAUUGCUGGACUAAGGAUGGAUCUGUUUAUAUUCUCAGGCCUAAUGGUUCUCGUCUUCGGGUCCUUACAGUGAGCGAAGUUCAUAAGACUGACCAAUGCCAAGAUGCCUCAGCUAAAGUGAUUGAAAAGAAACCAGCAUCCACAAAGACCAAGAGAGGGGCCGCAGUUAAGAAAUGA